AUGAGUCAGCGGGCGUAUAAUGUGUGGACUGCCAAGGAGGUGGAGGCGCUAAAACGGGGAGUGGAAGCGCAUGGAGUGGGUUUUUGGGAGCAAAUUCGCAGCGAUCCGCAGUUCGAGGUCCUGAGGGGCCGGACGGGUGUGCAGCUGAAGGACAAGUGGCGCAACAUAGUGAAGUUCCAGCGGGCGGCCGCGCUCAGGAAUGAGGCGGCGAGCCCCGCCUCUGCCAGGUGGUCUCGGCGGGGGCCCCGCGCUGUGCGCACUCCCAGCCCGCCCCCCUCCACCGCAGCGAGCCCCCUCCCCAUCUUCAAGGAGGAGCCGGGGGUCGCCGAGCGGAUGUACGUCGCCGCGCUGGCGGCUGCCUGCACCACCUCCGCGCUGGCCAGCAGGGACCCGUGCCCCGCCAACAUCGCCGCCUGUGCGGCGGCCUCGGCCGACCUGCACCUGGCGCGGGUGCGGCUGCUCGGCGCUGGCGCCCCGUGCCCCAGCCACGCCGCCGGCCAGCGCCGCUCCGGCAGCGCGCCGUCCGUCCAGGGCUUCGAUCGGGGGCUUGCGGGCCCGGCGGGCGCGCACGGCCCGGCCAGCCUCUCCCCCGGCGAGGCGGAGGGCGUCAACCCCUCCGGCCAGUUGGACCAAGUCCUGUCGGCAGCUCGCCAGCUCAGCAUGGACCGCAUGGGCAGCAUGAACGACUCCCUGGUCCUGGACAUUGCGGCCUUCAUGGAGCUGGCCUCGGUGCUGCCGCCGGAGCUGGCGCUGCCCCCAGCCGCGCUGCUGGAGAUGUACCACGCGCUGGGCGGCGAGCAGCGACCGCGCGGGCCCCGCCGCCGGCUCGGCGGCGUCGAGCUGUUUGACCCCGGCGCGCCCACUGCCCCGGACUGGGCCUCCCUGCUGCCGGGGGUACUGGAGGGGCGGCAGCAGCCGCUCGCGCAGGAGACCGUGGCGGCCGUGGUCGCGGCCAUGAGCGCGUGGAACUGA